AAAUAUCACUACAUCAAGGUCAAGGACAGAGCUCGACAAGCAUGGCAGACGACGUUUUAGAGUUGGACAUUUGGGGAGGUGAUUGGGAACUUCCUUCCGUGGAUUCCGAUUGUUUGACUGUCUUGGCUUUUGCAAAAUUUUGUGGAGUCCCCUGUAAAGUGGUUAAAAGAAACAAUCCUGUAUGGACACCAUCAGGUACAUUACCUGUGUUAAGGGAAGAUGGAAAAUCAGCAACAAAGAUGUCGGAGAUUUUAGAUAUUAUCAGAAAAAGGGGUCCAACUGGAGUAACACACAAAGUUGGUGCAAAUGAUGCUGACAUCAAGGCCUUCACCUCAUUAUUAGAGCAAAAACUUCUACCUGCAGUGUUGCACACAUGGUGGUUAGAUGACCAGACGUAUGUAGAUGUUACUCGCCCCUGGUAUGCACAUGCCAGCCCAUUCCCAUUGAACUUUUACAUCCCUGGGAGACUUCACAGGAAAGCAGCAUCAGUUGUGUACAUGGCAGAGAAUGUGGACCCAGAUAAUGUAACAAAAGAGGAAAUAGAAGCUAAGAUCUAUAAAGAAGCUAAAGAAUGUUUGAAUCAUUUGUCCUAUCGGCUUGGAGAACAAGACUUUUUCUUUGGAUCUCUCCCAUCUGAAUUGGAUGCAAAGGUAAUUGGGUAUCUUGCACCUCUGCUGAAGGCUCCGGUACAAACUAACCGGCUGAUAAACCACCUAAAAGCUUGUACAAACCUCUGUACGCUGUGUAAUAGAGUACUGAUGAGAUAUUUCCCCCUCAGCCCAGAAGAAAUGGAAUCAAAAAGAAAACAAGAAGAAAAGAAAAAGGAGAGGAUGCAGAUAGACUCUCUGGAGUUUCCUAACAAAAGACGCAACAUGUUUUUUGCAGCACUAUUUGCUGCUGCAGCUAUGCUAUCUUAUGCACUGUCUACAGGAUUAGUUAAAUUUGAGACUGAAAACGUGAACAAUCCUGAUUAUGCAGAUGAUGAUUACUAUGAUGAAGAAGAUGAGAACGGUUAACGUUACCAAGUCAUUUAGAAAUCAAUAAUAGGUUUAAGAUGUUGUUUUACAUGUUUCACAGUGUAAUAUUGGAAAGGAUUUACAAAAAAUGUGAUUAACAUAAUACUUUAUAGCCUCUGAUGAAAAGAUUUUGAGAAAGAUUUUUGUUGAUGGGUACCUGUCUAUACUAAUGUUGUGGAUGAAAGCUUCGUAUUUUUAUUAAAAUGUACAAGAACUC